AUGAACGCUCGUCCACAUAAGCAAUCUAUGUCGGAGCUCAAGCUUCGCAGGCUCACAGAGCACAACCAACGACUGCGAGAGGAUCUCGCGCGACCGCGAAUGAGAGUGAGCGAAGCUAGCGCAAGCUUAAUUCGUUACUGCAAGACCACAAAAGACCACCUGGUACCGUCUGUGUGGGGACCCGUUGGAAAGGGUGAGGACCCGUACGCACCGCCGCAAACAGGCUGCACCUGUAUCGUGAUGUGA